UGAAGCCUACUUGCUCAUCGUUAGUUGUACGGAGCCGUGUCAUUGUCGCAAGAAGGACGUAUUCCCCAUCUCAGAACAUUUUAAUGUAGCCAGGUGUUUCGAUCACACAUAUAUCUGGAGUGGACGGCUAUCUCAGCAUGACGUUGGUAACGUUGUCGGUGUUCACGUUAACGCUCCUGGGACUGGCUUCUGUGUCCAGACAGAAAGUCGUCUAUUUGAUCCAACCCACCAGGCGUAUUCAGACUCAAACAGCACCACAAGCAUGCAGACUUCAGAAGGAUGCCGGUCAAUGUCGGGCAGCGCUACCGCGGUACUUCUACAACGCGUACACCAGCAAAUGCGAGCUCUUCAUCUACGGCGGAUGCGGGGGAAACCUCAACAACUUCAAAACUGCCGACAGCUGCUUCCAGUCCUGCGCAUGCACACAGCCACCAAAACGAGGCUCGUGCCAGGGAGGUUACCUCCCUAGGUAUUACUUCAACUCCCUGAAGGGAUCGUGCGAUGUCUUUAUGUGGAGCGGGUGUGGGAGCAAUGACAACAAUUUCGGCACUAAGACCGAGUGCCUGUCUAAGUGUUCUGUGUGUUCGUUACCUCCAGAUCGCGGUCCCUGUACUGGGAAGUACCUGCGCUAUUAUUUCCAGCCUGGAGUCGGCUGUCGGCCGUUCAGCUACGGAGGUUGUCAAGGAAACGCUAACAACUUUCUCAGUGGGAGGGACUGCGUACGUCACUGUUUUCCUAACCCUGCGGCGUUGCCACGGAUACUGAACACAGCUCGUCGUAAUCCGAGAGUGCUCGCCGUCCCUUCUACAUUACAACGCACGUCGGUAAGAGCAUCUCGCAGAAGAGCGGGUUUGCAUCAUAGACAGGUGGUUCUGUCUCACGCGCCGGCCUCUCGGUCUCGCCACAGAGCCACAUUUAUUCAGCCUAUAAGAGCUACAGGCGUUCGGUCUCACGCGUCUGCGAGUCGAUCACAGAUACCAUCUCGUACUGCCAGUGCAGCAACUCAAACCAGUACGCAAAUGCCGACAACAGUGAAAAUUACAACCGAGCCGCCGGAUCCACCUGAAGCUACUGAUGCCCCAUCUCCAUCUGGUUCUGACCCAGUCCAGUCAACAGCAGGACUCCACGGUCACUCGACUGGAGCACAGAGACACAAGGUCGCUCAACUAGCCACAAAGGUGACUCAACUAGCCACAAAGGUGACUCAACUAGCCACAAAGGUGACUCGACUAGCCCCACAAGUGACCAAACUAUCACAAAUAUCGCCGCUACGACGCGUGGUCCAUACUGGAGUGGGGAUGAGAAACACUGUUGGGAGGAAAGCUCCAGCACGGAUAUACCCCAGAGUUCGUCAGUUUAACAGACAAGUCGCAAUCAGGAAAAAACAGCGGACGUAUAUCGUUGCAGGUAGUGCUGCAGCGCCCCGUAGGUUUACGUCACUCUCUGCAAGAACGGCGGUCAGACCAGCUCGUCUAGUUGCUAGACAUCCACGGGUUUCCUUGCUGAAAUCGUCUGGCGUACCUCUUACUGCUUCGUAUCGAAGCCCUCCCGCUACGCAAAGCGAGGCUUCGAAAGUGGGUCUGGCUGAGUUUUCGCCAUUGUUCACCUCUAAACACAAGCCAGUGCGAAGAGAAAGUACCAUGGAGAUCACACCCAAUCAGCUACGGACACUCCUAGAGCUGAACAAAUUCUUUCCACCACAUUCAAAUGCACUGUAUCAAAUUGAGAACCUCGAGUCUGCUGCUGGAAGUAAUAAGUCUAACGGCACAGACUCGGGCUCGACUUCUAAGCCUUCUCCAGUUAAGCAUCAACCUGUGUCAGGUACUUCUAAGAUAGUUCUAGAUCACCCAGCAUCGUUUGCUUCAUCCGCGGCCAGUAAAUCGGGAACAAAACAGACCGAACCUCCUACGAAAGCAAGCAGUGGGAUUCAGUCAGCAUCAUUCAAUGCAUCUCUAGAAGAAGUCUUAGCACUGCUUGUAACAGAUGGUGAAAUUGUUAGACCAGCUAACCCUGCAAAUAAACUACCUGUGAUGGAUAGAGAGGUAACCGAAAUACCAUUUCAGCCUAAAUAUUUGCCCGAUCCGCCGUCAAAUGUUACACAAGAGCUGCAGCCGACGAACGUGAAAUCUGGACUGACACUCGAAACACAAGCCGAGCUCCCUGGAUCUCCGACGUUUCUGCUUCAGCGGUCCACUAAAACAAAUAGUUCUACAGGCUCACACUCCACAACAACAGUUGCUAAGAAAGCUCAAACGCCUGAGGCACUUGAACUGCCUGGCCAGCCAACAUUCCUGCCUUCGCGUACUGUAGAAACACCCAUAUCAAAGCCACAACUCCAGGUAGAACCAGAAUUAGUAGAACCGUUACCACCUGUGGAACACACAUCUUCUGUGAAGAAGACAGGAUCUGUGGGACACACAUCUUCUGUGAAGAAAACAGGAUCUGUGGGACACCCGCACCAAUCUGCUGCCACACACGACAAAGUUAACGUCCUAAAACAACCAUCGUCAACGUUAGACACACAGCUUCCAGAAGUACCCGUGUUUGUGGAUUCCUUAGCUGCUCAGAUGAAUCCCACAGCAUUAGGUGAAGGAGCAGGGACCGCGGGUGAAUCACCGGAAGCUGCGAUAUCUUUACCUCCUGAGUUGUCGGGAUUUGCCCGUGAGCUGUCAGAAUUGGCAGCCCUCUUGUCCAUGCCACUGAUGAACAAGCUAAUGGAAAGUGAGAAAGAUGGUCCACCGUCCAGAUCUACACCAUCACAAGGAGGACCUCACAAAGCAACAGGACAAGAGAAAUCGCUGUCACCUGUGGAUACCAAGCAUCAUUCGGGAACAUCCCAGACCAACCAAUUAUCAUCGACAAGCACUACAGCACAAACUGACAGUCCAGGGGCUAGCGUGCUUACCAACCAGAACGAACCCCUAACGUUAAGAGAUUUUGUAAUGUUAUUUAAUUAAAAUAUUUUUUUACGAAAGCAAUAUUGUGCUAUUUGCACUUCAACAACUGUCCAUGACUCAGUUAUUUCAACUUCAGUAUUAAACGACCAUCCAAAACAUUUUCAAAAGUGGAAGUAUAUCAAAGACGCGAUUUGAUGCUGACUAUCAGUGCUAUGUUUUUAAUAAAUAUUAAUUUUAUAUCUAUAAUUUUAUAGGUGAUGUUCAGCCCCAAACUCAAACACAGGUGUGUGCGUGUUUGUGUACGUGUUUGUGUGCGCGUAAUGUGUGUGCGUUCAUGAGUGUGAGCGUGUUUGUUGAGCGUGUGCGUGCGUAUGUAUGUUGAGCGUGUGUGUGUUGAGUGCGCGCGCACGCGCGCGUGUGUGUGUGUAUGUGUGUGUGUGUGAUUAUGUGUGUUUGUGUGAGGGGAGAGAAAGUGCGUUUGUGACCGAGGGAAUGUUUGUGUGUGUGUGUGUGUGUGUGUGUGUGUGUGUGUGUGUGAGAGAGAGAGAGAGAGAGAGAGAGAGAGAGAGAGAGAGAGAGAGAGAGAGAGAGUGUGUGUGUGUGUGUGUAUGUCGUAUU